AUGUUACUGAGCCUUCUUGAAACAUGUAUUCGAUCACGGAAUCUGAUCCUAGGGCAGAUCAUUCACCAACACCUUCUCAAACGCUCCUUUACGCUGUCUUCCUCUUCCGUGCUCGUCAGUUUAACGCGUCUCUACGCAUCAUGCAACCAAGUGGAACUCGCACGCAAUGUGUUCGACGAAAUUCCUCACCCAAGGACCAAUCCUAUUGCCUGGGACGUGAUGAUCAGAGCCUACGUAUCGAACGAUUUCUCGGAGAAAGCCUUGGAUUUGUACUACAAGAUGCUUGAUUCCGGUGUCAGACCCACGAAAUUUACGUACCCGUUCGCGUUGAAAGCAUGCGCUGUUCUGCGAGCAAUCGAGGAUGGUAAGCUGAUACAUAGCCAUGUGAAAGGUAGAGACUUUAUCCGUGAUAUGUAUGUCUCUACUGCGCUGGUUGAUCUCUAUGCUAAAUGUGGUGAUAUCGAUAUGGCGAUACAGGUGUUCGACGAAAUGCCUGAAAGAGAUGUUGUUUCAUGGAACGCUAUGAUUUCUGGGUUUUCUUUGCAUUGCUGUUUAAACGACGUCGUUGGAUUGGUUUUGGAUAUGCGUGUAAGAGAUGGGCUGAGUCCUAAUUUCUCCACCAUUGUUGGAAUGUUUCCUGCACUGGGAAGAGCUGGUGCGUUGAGGGAAGGGAAGUCCUUUCAUGGGUAUUGCACAAGAAUGGGUUUUAGUUUUAGCAAUGAUUUGGUUUUCAAGACAGGGAUGUUGGAUGUAUAUGCCAAGAGCAAGUGCAUUGUCUAUGCGAGAAGAGUCUUCGAUUCGGUUUCUAUGAAGAAUGAGGUGACCUGGAGUGCUAUGAUUGGAGGCUACGUAGAGAAUGAUAUGAUAAAGGAAGCUGGAGAAGUGUUCUUGAAGAUGUUGGUUGAUGAAAACGUGGCAACGGUGACGCCAGUGGCCGUUGGGCUUAUUCUGAUGGGAUGUGCGAGGUUUGGAGAUGUUAAUGGAGGUCGGUGCGUGCAUUGCUAUUCGAUUAAAGCAGGCUUCGUCUUGGACUUAACCGUUGGAAACACUGUGGUUUCAUUCUACGCCAAGUGUGGAAGCUUAUGUGAUGCUUUUAGGCAGUUUAGUGAGAUUGGCUUGAAAGAUAUUGUUUCAUAUAACUCUCUCAUCUCUGGGUGUGUGGAGAACUGUUGCGCUAGAGAGAGUUUACGUCUGUUUCAUGAUAUGAAAUCUUCCGGAGUUCGUCCAGAUGUAACAACAUUGGUUGGUGUUUUAACCGCUUGCUCUGAUUUGGCUGCUUUGGGACACGGUUCUGGUUGUCACGGGUAUUGUGUUGUUCAUGGCUAUGCAGUGAAUACAACCAUUUGUAACGCACUGAUUGAUAUGUACACGAAGUGUGGAAAGCUUGAUGUUGCCAAGAGAGUUUUCGACACGAUGCGUAAGCGGGAUAUAGUUUCUUGGAACACAAUGAUGUUUGGAUUUGGAACUCAUGGGCUUGGCAAAGAAGCUCUUUCUCUGUUCGACAGCAUGCAGAAUGCAUGUGUGAAGCCAGACGAGGUGACUUUGCUUGCUCUUUUGUCUGCUUGUAGCCAUUCAGGGCUCGUGGAUGAAGGGAAACAAGUGUUUAGCUCCAUGGCUCUUGGAGAUUUCAACAUCACUCCAAGAAUAGACCAUUAUAAUUGCAUGGCUGAUCUCCUAGCCCGUGCCGGUUACUUGGAUGAAGCUUAUGAGUUUGUCAAGAAGAUGCCGUUUGAGCCAGACGUUAACGUGUUGGGGACACUCCUCUCUGCUUGUUGGACUUGCAAGAAUGUGAAACUUGGGGAUGAAGUGGCUAAAAAGAUGCAGAGUCUUGGAGGGAAAUCAGAAAGCUUAAUUCUUCUGUCCAAUACAUAUUCAGCUGCUGAGAGAUGGGAAGAUGCAGCGAAUAUUAGAAUGAGACAGAAGAAAGUAGGGCUUCACAAGACCCCUGGUUAUAGCAGGGUCGAUGUGUGA